GGAAGAGUGAAUAAAAACGCAGUCGGAUCCAAGUCUUGAUUACCAACUUUGGCGUUUGGCAAAAAAAAAGAUUGAAGUUCAACCGUGAUCCGAAAGUCAAAAUGGGCAGCACCGCCGCACGAACAUACUUGGCUUUUCACCACAAUGCCAAGCUCUACAAGCUCUCAGCUGUGGUCUCGGCGAUAACGCCCUUUUCCGCCCUGGAAGAAGCCAACAAGCUUCUCUUCAAGAAAGGCACAGACGAUGACUUCGCCGUCGUGACCGAGAAGACCAUCUUCCACCCUCAAGGAGGCGGCCAACCCUCGGAUGAAGGCGUCAUGACCAAGGGAAAUGAGAGCGUCUUUCGUGUGAGCAUGGUCCGCAUGGACGCUGUGAACGACGGACAAGUCCUCCACUUUGGCCGCUUCGACUCUUCCUCUCCCAGCAGAUUCCAAGUCGGCGAUACGGUCGAACAAUCCAUCGACGUGGAAAAGCGCCUCCUGUACUCACGCCUCCACACCGCGGGUCACGUCCUAGGCGCCGCAGUCCGGCACUGGCUCGAGAAGGAAAUUCCCGGGUUCGACGAGCUGAAGGCGUCACACUUCCCUGACUCUGCGGCUUGCGAGUUCCAGGGCUCAAUUGAAGGGAAAUGGAAGGAUCCGAUACAACAGAAGGUGAAUGAAUACAUUGACAAGGCGAUGCCGGUCGAGGUGGAUUUCUGGGAUGAGGAAGAUUUCAGAAAGAACGGGCUGGAGAGGCUGAUUCCCGAUCGGAGCUUGGCGCCGCCGGGAGAGAAGUUCAGGGUGGUCAAGAUUGUGGGCGCCGACGUGUAUCCGUGCGGUGGGACGCAUGUUGAUACCACGGAUUUGUGCGGGAAGACAACGGUGAAGAAGAUUUCGAGGAGUAAGGGGACUUCGAGGGUGUCUUAUGCUGUGAAUUGAGGUGGACCAAGUCCAUCAACAAAACACUUUUUGCCAAUGGUUUCCCAUGUGCAGCGUCCUUUCAUGAUAACAGUCUUGUUUGCAUCUCGCAGAUAGGGAGGGCGCACAUGAGCAAGGGCUCAUUCAUCAGAGUUGUAUCCAUGGCGUACAAAGGUCAUGGUGAAGGGAUUCUUAGUUGGGUCUACAUCCCAAGAGGUGAUGAAUGAUGGAGUUUCGACUUGCAUUGGGGCAGUGCAGACAUGAAGCCAACAGCAGUGCCCUGCCGAUAAGGCCUAGCAGAGUUGGGGAACAGACAGAACUGACUCCACUCCCCAACGGGUAGCUGCUACGGUUAGUGGAAUGUGGGUCGUGCUGCACAAC